AUGACCAACACGAUGACCACGGCUACCAGUGGAGGUCCCAUACCGGUGCCGGGCGUUGGACAGCCGUUGGGCGUCGGUAUCAAAGGAAACACAACUUCUUCCAGAUAUUCGGACGACGAGCUGAAGGGCGGCGGAGUUGGAGUGAAAGGCCCGCCCGGAGCGCCGGUAGAUAUGGUGGACACUGAUAUGGGCGACGCGGACAGUAAGACCGGGUACGGGUCGGGCGGGGAUCCCGAGGACAACGAUAUCGCACGUAAGGCGAAGUCCAUGUCGGCGAUGGCGGUGUCGAUGUUUCAGUUUACAAGAGGGGAGGGGGAGCUCAAGACCACCCAGGACCUGUUUACUCAAGCAGAGUUUUUUGCUGAUGAGGCCAAUAAGCUGUACAAAAUUGUCCGCCAUUUUACUUAUCAGAUACCGUCGGGUCCGCCCAAAAAGGAGUUGCUGGACAAUUUGGAUAAAGUGCCCACAUUUAUACAACAGCUCCAGUUUGCCCACAAGAAUGUGACGGUUGGAAAAGCGGCCACUUUUACGAAAGUCGAUAACGUUAUCACAGAGACCAAGAACCUGAUGACCGUUAUCGGUCUCGUUGCCACGAACUGUGCCAACUGUGCCAAUAAGCUAUGA